AUGAACACCACGACCACCGCCGACAUGGCCUUCAACCCGCUCCUCCAGCCCGUCACGUUCCUCUCGGCGUCGCAGAGCCCCAUCUCCAUCCCGAUCCCCAGCAUCGACGCCUACAACGACGAGACGAUCAGCGUGACCAUCAACUACGCCUUCCAGCUCGGCUCGUGCGCGACGCUGCUCGUCAUGGUGCUCGUCAUGACGCCGCCCUCGAAGCUGCGCCGCCUCUCGUCGGCCCUCCACCUCGCCGGCCUCGCCGCCUGCAUCGUCCGCAUGGCCCUGCUGCUCGCCUUCUUCCUCUCGCCCCUCAACCACUUCUACCAGUUCUGGGCGGGCGACUACGCCUCCGUCCCGCGCCGCUUCCUGGUCAGCAGCGUCGCCGGCAACGCCGCCUCCCUGCUGCUCUUCGUCAUCCUCCAGGCGGCCCUCAUGCACCAGGCCUGGACCAUGGUCUCCCUCUGGCCGGCCCCCGUCAAGCUCUGCCUCGGCGCCGCCUCGGCCGUCGUCUCCCUCCUCGCAACCGGGUGGCGCGUCGCCUUCGCCGUCGUCCAGAGCCGGUCCGACCUCGAGCUCGCCCCGGCCCUCGACCAGGUCUGGGUCGUGCGCGCGGCCCUGAUCCUCAACGCCCUCUCCAUAUGCUGGUACUGCGCGCUCUUCAACCUCAAGCUCGUGCUGCACCUAGCCGUCAACAGGGGCAUCCUGCGGUCCUCCCAGACCCUGAGCCCGAUGGAGGUGCUCGUCGUCACAAACGGCGUGCUGAUGAUUAUCCCAGUCGUCUUUGCCGCCCUCGAAUGGGGCCACUUUCAACACUUUGAAGCCGCCUCGCUCACGCAGACCUCGGUCGCCAUCAUCCUCCCCCUCGGCACGCUCGCCGCCCAGCAAAUGACAACCCCCGGCGGGAGCCUGGCCUACCUUUCCGGCGCGAGCAACCACAAGUCGAGCGGCCCGUCCGGCCGGGGGGAAAAGCCGACCCCGCCCUCGACGGCGGCGGGAUUCUCGGGCCUCAGCACCACCUGCGGCUCGGGCAGUCUUCACCAGUCGCCGUCCGUGUUUUCCACCUACCCGAGCCGGGAGGCGAGGCCUUCAAAGCUGGACCACUUCGAUCUGGAGCUGAGCAGGAUUGACUCUACCGGCGCUCUGGCUAAUGACCGCGUGCGUAUUGAUACCGAUUUGGAGCAGAAUGAAACGAGAAUCUAG